AUGGAGCUUGCAUUAAAUGUAUCAUACGUAACUCUUGAUGGGUUUUUCCAGGUGAACAAAUACAGAUAUCUUUAUUUUAUGAUCAUGUUUACUGUAUACAUUCUCAUACUCUGUUGUAAUUUCACCAUUGUAUUCCUCAUUGUGGUUGAGAAAAGUCUCCAUGAGCCUAUGUACAUUUUUAUUGCAGCUUUGCUAUUGAACUCUGUUAUGUUAAGCACUGUUAUUUACCCAAAGCUUUUGAUUGACUUUUUAUCUAAAAGACAGAUCAUAUUUUAUUCCGUCUGUCUCUUUCAGUUUUUUAUGUUUUACUCCUUGGGUGGUUCAGAAUUUUUACUCUUGUUUGCCAUGGCCUAUGACAGAUAUGUGUCUAUAUGCAAACCUCUGCAAUAUCCAAUUAUCAUGACAAAAAACACUAUCAGCAUUUUUUUAACCUUAGCUUGGAUUGUGCCUUCUUCUCAGGUUGCAGUGGCAGCUGUAUUAAUGGCCAAUAAAAAAAUCUGUAACUUUACUUUCCCUGGAAUUUUUUGCAACAAUACAAUUUACAAGCUUCUAUGUGUGCAUUUAAAAGCACAGACUGUACAUAAUAUGGUUGUACUAUUUAAUGUUGCAAUUCUCCCUGCAGUUUUCAUAUUCUUCACUUACACCAAGAUACUUGUGAUAUCCUAUCAAAGCUGUAAAGAAGUCAGGAGAAAAGCUGCACAGACCUGUUUGCCCCACUUGAUAGUUUUGAUCAGCUAUUUGUGUUUGUGUGCAUUUGAUAUCAUUAUAUCUGGUCUGGAGUCUAAUUUUCCAAAGAUUGUACAUUCAAUAUUGACUUUGCAAAUCGUAAUGUAUCCUCCCCUUUUCAAUCCAAUUAUAUAUGGACUAAAAAUGAAGGAGAUUUCUAAACACCUCAAAAGGUUGUUCUGCGCUGUCAAAAUAAACUAAUGUAUCAAUA